GAACGUUACAUUCAAACAAAGACGAAUACGGGGGAGAAGAUCAAGGGCAAGAAGCGCUGGAAGAAGAGGAAGUUCGAAUCGCUUCUCUAAUAAAAAAAUGCCCCAACAUGCGAGUCCUCCGCCAAAUCCACGCUCGCCUCUUCACUCGCCCCCUUCCUAUCUCCACCCUCUCCUUCGCUCUGUCCAAAAUCGUGGCCUUCUGCGCUCUCUCUUCCCUCGGCGACAUCGACUACGCGCGCCGAGUUUUCUCUCGUAUUCCGAACCCGGGCAUAUUUUCUUGGAAUUCCAUUAUAAGGGGCUGUUCUCUAGUCGAAAACCAUUCAAGGGAGUCCGUGUACCUUUUCAAAAGAUUGGUUAGGAGAGGCUACCCGUGUCCGAACACGUUUACCUUAGCCUUUGUUCUCAAGGCGUGUUCGAUUAUAUCGGCAUGGGAAGAGGGUCUUCAGGUUCAUACGCGUGUUUUUCGAUCUGGGCUCGUUUCGAGCCCAUUUGUUCAGACCGCGUUGGUAAAUUUCUAUGCGAAAUGCGAAGAGAUUGGGCUUGCGAGGAUCACGUUUGACGAAAUUCCUGAGAAGAAUUUGGUUGCAUGGAGUACGAUGAUUAGUGGGUAUGCAAAAGUUGGUUUGGUUAAUGAGGCAUUAGGUCUUUUCAGGGAAAUGCAAAAGGCGGUGGUUGAACCAGAUGAAGUUACUCUGGUGAGCGUGAUUUCUGCUUGCGCUAGAGCAGGUGCUUUGGAUAUUGGUAGAUGGGUUCAUGCAUACAUGGAGAGGCAGAUGAUUGAUAUUGAUCUUGAACUGAGUACUGCACUUGUUAAUAUGUAUGCCAAGUGUGGGUGUAUCGAAAGAGCAAAGAAAGUCUUUUGUGAAAUGCCUGUGAAAGACGCGAAAGCUUGGAGCACAAUGAUUGUGGGGUUGGCAAUUCACGGGCUUUCAGAGAGUGCUUUGGAGACCUUUUCCAGGAUGGAAGAAGCCAAGGUGAAGCCAAACCAUGUAACGCUCCUUGGUGUUUUAUCUGCAUGUGCGCAUAGUGGACUAGUUUCAGAAGGUAGGAAACAUUGGUCAAGCAUGCUUGAAUCCAGAAUUGAACCAUCAAUGGAGCAUUAUAGUUGUAUGGUUGAUCUACUCUGUCGAGCUCACCAUGUUGACGAGGCUUGCAAUCUUGUUGAAGACAUGGCCAUUCCACCCAAUCCAGUGAUUUUACGAACGUUACUUGUGGGUUGCAAGAAGAAUAAGAUGUUGGAUACAGGUGAAAUUAUAGCUGAGCAGCUUCUUGAAUUAGAACCACUAAAUGCAGAGAACUAUGUCCUCCUCUCAAAUUUGUAUGCAUCAGUUUCUCAGUGGGAGAAGAUGAGCCACAUUAGAAAGAAGAUGAAGGACAAAGGCAUUAAGGCGGUUCCUGGGUGCAGCUCCAUUGAGGUUGAUGGAUUUGUGCAUGAGUUUGCAAUGGGUGACCAUUCCCAUCCUGAGACGGAGGAGUUAACAGAGAUUCUGAGAGAUAUUUCUGAACAGGUUCGUGAUUUUGGGCACAAACCAUUAAUUUCAGAUGUGAAUAGCCACUGCUUACAGGCUAUUAAAGACUAAAAUACCAAGAGUAAUUUGGGUAGCAAAGAACCAAAGGGAUUUGUGGGAACUGUCAUGGCACCUGUUCUUGUAGAGAUUUCUGGUGAACUUCAAUCUUUUGGAGCAGUAACACUUGCCCUGGAAGGUGAAGGAGUUCUGAUUUAAUUUACGGCCGUUAGAAAAGUGAAAUACACCU